AUGGGGCAGGGUAACGGUGGUGCUUUAUGGCAAAAACUAGCAGAAAUUGGCUUGUACAAUAAGGGUAUUACUUUGAAACAGAAGUCCACUCUUAACUGGCGAGAUGUCUACAUCAAUUCACUUCUGUGGCUAAAUCACAUGGACACUAUUGAUAUUACACUUGUAGAAAGUAUUAAAAUACAGCAUGUAAGGAAUAUCCAUGUAUACAAAGGUAAUAUUAUUGUUGUCGGCGAUUCAGAUGUGAAGUUUUACAAUGUUCACACUUUUGAAGUUAGAAAAAUUUUACAAAAAUCAUGUAUCGAUUAUCAAGAAAGUGAUCACAUUACCGUAGAGCGUAAUGAAAGAAAUAUUUCUGUCGGUUUAAAACAUAAUAUGACAGGAUUCACCUUUAAGGGACUUUUUUUUAAGCUAAUAGACGAUCGCUGUUACAUAGUAGACGACAAUUGUGUGCUCUGGCGUAUUACGUGCUGCAAUAAGAAAGAAAUCAACUCUCUACUACGGACCUAUGGUGGCAACGAAUCAAUUGUCGAUAUCAAUAUUUAUGAAAAUGACGUAUUCGUUUUAAUGAGAAAUGGCAUAGUAUACCAUGGGACCGGAACAUGCACGGAGUUUGAGAUGGUCCGCGAUUUGAACACAUCGGACUUUUACAAGUGCCCCGUGUUGGCUAUGUUUCAAAAGUUUAGUGUUGCAUAUAGCCUGCCCGUGCAAAAUGGUUCAAUCUCAGAGUCAGAUGAUGAGUUUUUAAAAACCGUUGACAUGUCAGAUGAAAUAUUGAUGGCGUGUCCGGGUCUGUGUUGUGCAACGGCGCAUGGAGACAUUUUAUUUCUUGGUUAUGAAGACGGAAAGAUAGUGAUACGCACCCGAAGGAAUCGUGAAAUUUCAUACAUGAAGUUAAAUAUGUGGGAUAUAGAAGACCCAAUAGUUGGAGGCACUGCCAUUAAGGCAAUAGAUGUGUGCGAAGAAAAUCAAUGUGAAGAACAUUUUACCUGA